UAGUCUUGUACACCAUAGGGUUGGAGAAACAGAUGAGCCAGCGAUAUACAGGAUAAAGGAUGACCUGGAAUUUUCUGUAGAGAUAUAUGAGUGGUCAGGAAAGAGCUGGGAGCCGUAUGUUGCUAAUUGUGCAGGUUCAGUUUUACAUGAUGAGCCCGUAUAUGUUGAAAACCUUGUCAGCAGACAAGAAGGGUUUGUUUCAUACUUCUUUCAAGGUUCCUGAUGUCUAUGGUGUAUUCCAAUUUAAGGUUGAAUAUGAAAAGCUAGGCUACACUACAUUAUCUCUUUCGAAGAAGAUUCCGGUGCGGCCUUACAGACACAAUGAGUAUGAGAGAUUUAUUCCAACUGCGUAUCCUUAUUACGGAGCCUGCUUUACUACGAUGGCUGGUUUCUUCGUAUUCAGCUUCGUCUUCCUCUACCAUAGGUAG